CUGGGAUUGUAAAUGGUGAAGUACGGAGCAAGACUUUUCGUAAUUUUCCCACCCUAAAACCCAUUAGGAACAUAUUCUUCUCUUCAUUUUCAGGCCGCAGCUAAGCCAAGUCGCGAGGUUUCCCUCCACAUUAGCCACCGUAAACCACCGAACCCGGACUGCCAAACACGCUGUCGCCGUCGGCACUGCCAUGCCGACUUUUACCAGCAUCGCUCUUGAGAACCUACUCGAACCGCGCCUUCGAGAUUCGCACCAAAAGCCUUUGUCCUCAGAGCAAAUCACGAUAUCGCCGCGCGGCACCAACGGCGGGACUGCUAAGGAUGAAGCCGGGUUAGAAGGGGCGGAGAAUACGAAGCAUCAACCUCUGAAUCACUAUUGCAUAUCUCCGGCUCUGUAUAUAACGUCGGACCCUACACCGAUUCCCGAUGCCUCAUCUGGGUCCGUUUCGCCCUCUCCCUAUGUGGCCAAUCGCAAGAGGCGCAGCGGAGGGAAUAUGGCCAACCGGAAAAUAGACGAAUUUGAUGAUUCGGAAAGGAAGGAAGGUGAGAAGGACGACGAACAGAAUGAAUCGACUUUCCAGGUUAGGGAUACUAUGGAAGCGGAAGCCAUGGAGGAUUUAGUAUUUGGUACUCCGGAGGUAAGCGCAGAUCGAAUCAAGGGGCUCGAGCUAAGGGAUGGAGUGUAUUUAAAUCCGAAGUGUGAUGUAUUACUUGUAGGAAGUGCGAAUGAGACGGUAGAACUCGAUUCCCAGAGCUUUGCAUCUACCCAAGGAGACUUUUUCGAUGCAAAUGAAGGUGAACUGUUCUUACCCCUUGAGAAGAUAUACAUAAUUUUAUGUUUUAACAUCUUCUGCUUGUCUUAUGGUACUGAAACUUAUUGGCGUGUCUGUUUCUGCUUUUACCUGCGUUUUACGGAUGUGGAUAUUGAUUUCCAAAUUGUAUAGUUAUUUACAUAAUACUUUAUCGACAUGUAAUUGUGUAAAGUUUAUAUGGAGUAUGUUAUAAUUGUUCCAGAAAAAACCUACCACUAGUCCAGCUAAGGCAGUAAAGGCUGUUCUAUAAUAUAGACAGCAUAUUGCCGUAUAGAUAUACAGAUUGCAUAUAUUUUCUGGUUAGGCCUGCUUUUGUUAUUCUUCCUCACUACAGAAGUGAUGAUUAUAUGAUCUUCAGUGUUAUUUUCAGACUUCUCCGAUGGGUCUGCUUCUAGUGUGUCAUCAUAUAUAGUUACCAUGGAAUCCGAAUUACGAACCACAAGGCUCCAGCUCCUUCAAGAAAUAGAAAAAAGGAAGGAUGCUGAAAAUACUCUGAAUAUGAUGAGCUGCCAGUGGCAAAGGAUCAGUAACAUUUUAUCUGAGGCAGGAUUAAAGCUUCCUUCACCAUCAUCGGUCAUUGGUGGUAUGGAACCUGACCCAAACUCAAUUGAAGACAUAUUACAAGAAAUAAUUGUGGCUAGGUUCGUUUCUCAAGCUGUUGGAAAAGGUCAAGCACGUGCUGAAGUUGAACUAGCUGUAGAGGCAAUCAUUGAAUCAAAGAGCCAGGAAAUCUCUCGUUUAAGAGACAGGUUAAUGUAUUAUGAGACUGCUAACCGCGAAAUGUCCGAGAGGAAUCAAGAAAUCCUUGGUAUGCUUUGUUUCUUCAAUUCUCCUUUGCUUAAUUAGUUGCCAGUGAUUGCAUUUUGAGAUCAAAGUGUGCUUUAUGUGCCUCUGUGUGUUUAGAGUGUGAGAAUGAGGUCGAGUAUAUGUGUGCAUGUAGUUAGAGUUAACUCACCCCAAAAGGAACGUCAAGAGAUUAGACCUCAUACAUAUAUCUGACAUAGAGCAGGGGGGUACUUGUAUGAUACAUUAAUUGAGAUAGAUAGGUGAGCCUAACUACUCAUAAGUUACGCCUAACUCAACUCAAAAAAGGACCCUCAAGGAACAUAGAUGAGCCUAACUUCUCAUAAGUUAAGCCUAACUCACCACAAAAAAGGACCCUCAGAUGAGGUGACACCUCAUACUUAUACGUAGUAUAUUAGACACAAAUUGGUUAUACAUCCACAAAGCAUAUCUAGAAGAAUUCAUUUUUCAUCUUCAUGCUCUAUGUCAUGCAGAUCUCAUAAUCAUUGUUAUUGUUUGCUGAUGUAAAUCAUGCAGUCGAUUUGUCCACAAAACAUAUCUAGAAGAAUUCAAUUUUUAUUAGAGAAAACAGUCAACUAAGCCCUCGAACUAUUUACGUUUUUGCAAUCAGGCCCCUGAACCGGAAGAAGUACAAAUACACCCCUCAACUCAUUGAAAAUCAAGCAAUCAGGUCCUUUUUUACCCGCUGGUGUCUCAUAAUACAAUGAUAUGUAGCUUCUCAUCUCUUUACUUGCAUCGGCAGGUAAAAAAGGACCUGAUUGUUUGAUUUUCAAUGAGUUGAGGGGUGGGUGUAUUUGUACUUCUUCCGGUUCAGGGGCUUGAUUGCAAAAACGCAAAUAGUUCGAGGGCUUAUUUGCCUGUUUUCUCUUUUCAUCGUCAUAUGUGAUGUCCCAAACUCUUCAUCCGACUAAGGCUUGGGUGUUGUUGAUGAUGUUCUAUGUAUUGCAGAUCUCAUAAUCAUUGUUCUUUUUUGCUGAUGUAAACCAUGCAGAUACUGCAAGGAAGCAACACCAAAGGCAGAUGACUCAGCAGAAGUUAUGGAGCUGUGUAGGACUUUCAGCCGUAGUUGGCAUUUCAGUGGCUGCCUACUUUUACCUGUCAAAACCAGGUCACCACCAACUCACAUCAAGAUCUGGACAUUCAACAGCAGGCGAUGUGUGACUCAGGUACUUGGAAUUAGAUUAGUGCAAGAGUUGUUCAGAUUUAUACAGUCAACCUCAUCCUGUUGUUGCUGCUGCUGCUGCUUUUUCACAGUUGGUAUAUUAAGUUGCUCACAACCAAUGAGGCUUGAUAUCAGUUUUGCGUGGCUAAUUGUUGAUGGUCUACAGCUAUAAUAUUGCAUUCGUUAAGCCCAUUUCUUUUAUUAUUAAGAUUGAGUGUGUAGAACGUAAACCAUCUCAACAAUUGAUUCGGUAUGGAUUACUGUUGUUACAGAAAUUAACCUAUAUAGUUGUAAAAACAAUAUGAAAUUCCAAAAUAUGAUUACUAUAUUUUUUACCAAAAUAGGACAGUAUUUUACUCCUAUUUAGGGGGAAAAUGUUGUUCUCAUAUUUUAGAAUUUUAUACUCCGUAUUGUUUUUUCUCCUAUUUUGGGAGACUUCCCAUUGCGCUUAUAAAGUUUGUUACAGAAUGGCUUGAAUAAACGUCAACUUCCCUUGGCUUCAA